UUAUGUGAUUUUUAAUGUAGUCAAGCGAUUAGGAAAGAGAUUCAAUUUCUAUUUGCAAUCUAUUUGCUGCAACUUACGCGUAGACCUCUUUUACUCCACAUAAAAAUACAAUUGUUUAAUUGACAUAAAAAUUUUGCGGGUCUUUACCCGCAGUGUAUUUAUUACGUAUGAAGUAAUCAAUAAGUACAGUCGUUUGAUGCACUUGAAAUGGGUAGUCUUCGAUCGCAAAUGAUCCCAUUCAAAAGUACUCGAGCGUCGAGAAUAUCGAAUUUUGUUUGUUUGUAAGAUAUUGAUAUCGAUCCGGAAAGCGUCAUGGCGGAGACGCCAGACAUGUAGCAAAUGUCAAAUUCAAAAUAAUAAUUGACAUUUAGUAGAGACUAUAAUGUGGGCAACAGUUUUCGCACGAAUGGGCAUUAUGUAGUGUAUAUGACAAGAUACGAAUCAUUCAGAAGUGGUGUGUACGUCGCGUAUAUUGCUAACCUUAUGCUUAUUAACAUCAUGAACGUCACAGGUUCUCUACUUGUCUUCUAUCGCAAAAUAGUUAGUUAAAAAUUGACGGUUGUACGGUGAAAGAAUAAAUAAUUCAGAUGUCUCUUAAUGAUGACUUUGACAGACCAUUCGAAGAGUGCGAGCCCUUGCAAUGGGGCGCAUUACGAGAAUUAUGUCAGGCAAAUGCAGAAUAUUUUAUGUCGCAUCAAGAUGAAAAUGGUGCCAGGAUCAGAGCCGCCCAUUUGGCAAUGUUGGAUCACUUAGAACAGGUGCAACCGUUAUAUAAAGAAAUCUGCAGGUUUGCACCCAUGUUUGAUUUCGAUGUCGAUAUACCUGGCAAUGGGUAUAGAAGUUUUCUAGUCUUAAUAGAUAAAUGUAUUAUACACUCACGUGCAAUCUGUCAUCAAAUAUAUUGUCAGAAAGAUUCUAUAUUUUUUCGAAAAAGUUAUCACAUGAGGAUGUAUGUUUGUAGAGAGAUCGAAGCUUGUUCGCAAUUACUAGCAUCUUUAUACAAUUGUUUAGAACAUUUACAAACUAUGUACUCGUGGAGCGAGACAAUGAUCGAUGGUAAACCAUCUCUUUUUAUAGGAGACAAUCACGAUCCCUAUGAAAUUUUUAGUAAACUAGGUAAUAUUAACCAGUAUUGUUUCUAUGGCAGGUGUUUAGGAUUUCAGUUUUCUGACUCAAUAAAGCCUCUGUUAAAAACUAUAUUGGUCGCUCUGGCAACAUUUAGCGAAGUGUUUUAUGCUAAUGGAACACUAUUAUCACGAUGUGCUAAUUCUGUUAAAUAUAUGUUAGACCCUGAGGCAAGAGCACGUCGUUUUGUAGAUGUAUCCCAACGAGCUGAUAUAUCAUUUUGUAAAGCAUUUUGGUUUCUCAAUGAGACUGAUAUAGCACGUAGACUGCCAGCUAUUGCAUAUGAAUCCUUGGCAAUAAAUCAGAUAAUUUCUAUUCCACCUGAAGAAUUGACAAUUUCCACAUUGGAUGGGAAAACUGUGUCAAUUCCAGUACCACAUAGUCACGUUGGAAAGAAGCCGAUCCAUGUUAGAUUAAUAAGCUUUAAACGUCGUUUGGGAAUGAUGGGUUCAGGUGGAGUAGGAGGAGAACUGCUUGGAUCAUCGGAUGAACUGAUAAUUCAUUGCCAUGGAGGAGGUUUUGUAUCACAGACUUCAUUAUCUCAUGAAACAUACUUACGAUCGUGGGCUAUAAAUCUCGGCAUACCGAUCUUAAGUAUAGAUUACAGUUUAGCACCCAAAGCUCCAUUCCCUAGAGCAUUCGAAGAAGUUUUAUAUGCAUAUGCAUGGGCUUUAAAUCAUUCAAGUACUUUGCUUGGUAGUACAGCGCAGAAAGUACUACUUGCUGGUGAUUCUGCUGGGGCCAACUUAAAUUUGGGAAUCACUUUAAGAUGUAUAGAAUUAAACAUCAGAAGACCGGACGCAAUUUUUAUGGCGUAUACCCCAGUUUUUGUGGACUUCGUGCUGUCACCUUCGCGUUUGCUUGCUUUAACGGAUCCAUUAUUACCUAUGGGAUUCCUUAUACGCUGCUUGAAAGCAUACGCUGCCACAGAUACCAAGAAAAUGGCAAACUCUAGAGAAAAAGAAAAUGACAUUGUGGAAGGCAACAAAUCCGACACGGAGUCCUUCGCAGAAGUCAGUGAGAGCGAUCUAAUAGCUUUAGCUCUUAGUCCUAAUGGAGACGAGACAAACGAUGCCCAUAAGUUAGCAUCUUUACCAUCUGACACUACCUUGAAUUCUGUUAGUUUAACAGAAGCUGAUGUAGAGACAGAGAAUCCGACAGGAGUGAAAUCUCAAGAAUAUAUUAAAAGGUUCUUGGAUUUGUAUCGAAAUAGUGGUAUAAAUCCUGCGGCAUAUAUGGGAAACAGUGCAGUUAGCACGAACAACGCUAUUUCAAGAAAUGGUAGAUCAUGGUCACUGUUUGGUUGGUCGCUUACAGGAAAGCAUAGAGAAUCCAGAGAGUUGGAUAUAGAAAAUAUAAAAAAUUUUUCCGAAGAAUUUAUGUUCACAGUGCCCAGGGAUCCAUUUUUAAGUCCCUAUCUUGCACCAGAUAAUCUUUUAGCACAAUUACCGCCUAUCUCAAUGUUGACAUUACAAAUGGAUCCUUGCCUCGAUGAUUCCGUCAUGUUUGCAAGAAAACUUCGAUUGCUUGGUGUAUUAGUUACGCUUGAUAUUGUACCCGGUUUACCACAUGGAUUUCUUAAUCUGACACCGGUCUCAAAGGACGCUAAUGAAGGAUCGGACCUGUGUGUCAAACGAAUACAGGAGCUACUAGCAUUAUAAUCAUAUGCAUGUAGCCCAUACUCAUUAAAUUAUAAAUGUUGAUAUCUGGGAACAAGUUUCGUUACUGCUGAUUUUUUAAAUGUUGUUUAUAAUAUUUUUUUUAUACAAGUUGCGGUAAUUUGCAAGUAUUUAUACUCUUACAGUCAUCGAUUUUAAGUAUAUAAAUAUAAUAUAAAUAAUUGUUAUUAUUAAAAAUUUGUUAAAAUUUUUGUUACAA